CCCAUUCCCCUUGCAAUGACCUCCGUUGCCUUCCCCAGCUUCCUGCAAUGGGCUCGGGCUGGAACUGGUUUCUGGGCAGCAGAGAGCCAGCCCCGGGCCUGUCCCUUCUGCCCCCUUGCCUUAUAAACCCAUCAGACGGCAGAGGCACAGCCCUGGGGACUGCCUGCAGCCCGCCAGCCCUGGCCUGAGAGGAGAGGAGAGGAGAGGAGAGGAGAGGAGAGAGCCUCAGCAGGAGCCAGGCCCGACUCGUGGAGAGGCUCGGCCAGGUCUCUCUCACCCCUGCAGCGCCGGGGCCAUGGAGCUCUCCAGGCUGCCCCGGAUCGAGGACGUGGAGGAGGAGAGCAUGCUGGGCUUCGUGCACGGCGUCUCCGGGCCAGUGGUCACGGCCUGCAGCAUGAUGGGGGCAGCCAUGUACGAGCUGGUGCGCGUGGGCCACGCCGAGCUGGUGGGCGAGAUCAUCCGCCUCGAGGGGGACCUGGCCACCAUCCAGGUGUACGAGGAGACCUCGGGGGUGUGCGUGGGGGACCCGGUGCUGCGCACGGGGAAGCCACUCUCGGUGGAGCUGGGCCCGGGCAUCAUGGGCUCCAUCUUCGACGGGAUCCAGCGCCCCUUGAAGGACAUCACGGAGCUGACCCAAAGCAUCUACAUUCCCCGGGGCAUCAACAUCCCGGCUCUGUCCCGCCACCUCAUGUGGGACUUCGCCCCCAGCCCCAACAUCCGGGUUGGCAGCCACCUGACCGGCGGGGACGUCUACGGGGCAGUGAAGGAGAAUUCCCUCAUCAAGCACAAAAUCAUGGUGCCACCUCGGAGCCGGGGGACGGUGACUCACAUUGCCCCCGCGGGGCACUACGACAUCUCGGAUGUCGUGCUGGAGCUGGACUUCGAGGGUGUGACUGAGAAGCUCAGCAUGGUGCAGGUGUGGCCCGUGCGGCAGAUCCGGCCUGUGGCUGAGAAGCUCCCUGCCAACAACCCUCUGCUUACGGGCCAGCGCGUCCUGGAUGCCUUGUUCCCAUGCGUGCAGGGAGGGACCACAGCCAUCCCAGGGGCCUUCGGCUGCGGCAAGACCGUCAUCUCGCAGUCGCUGUCCAAAUACUCCAACAGCGACGUCAUCAUCUACGUGGGCUGUGGGGAGCGGGGCAACGAGAUGUCCGAGGUGCUGCGGGACUUCCCGGAGCUCACCAUGGAGGUGGACGGGAGGACGGAGACCAUCAUGAAACGCACUUCGCUUGUGGCCAACACGUCCAACAUGCCCGUGGCCGCCCGUGAGGCCUCCAUAUACACAGGCAUCACCCUCUCUGAGUACUUCCGCGACAUGGGCUACCACGUCAGCAUGAUGGCAGACUCCACCUCCCGCUGGGCCGAGGCACUGCGUGAGAUCUCCGGGCGGCUGGCGGAGAUGCCAGCAGACAGCGGCUACCCAGCCUACCUCGGUGCCCGCCUGGCCUCCUUCUAUGAGCGUGCGGGUCGAGUCAGGUGCCUGGGCAGCCCCGAGCGGGAGGGCAGCGUCAGCAUCGUUGGAGCGGUGUCCCCUCCUGGAGGUGACUUCUCCGAUCCUGUGACUUCCGCGACCCUGGGCAUUGUCCAGGUCUUCUGGGGCCUGGACAAGAAGCUGGCCCAGCGGAAGCACUUCCCCUCUGUGAACUGGCUCAUCAGCUACAGCAAGUACAUGCGGGCGCUGGAUGAGUACUAUGAGUGCCAGCACCCGGAGUUCCCCGCGCUGCGCACCAAGGCCAAGGAAAUCCUGCAGGAGGAGGAGGACCUGGCUGAAAUUGUGCAGCUCGUGGGCAAGGCCUCCCUGGCCGAGGCCGACAAGAUCACCCUGGAGGUGGCCAAGCUGAUCAAGGAUGACUUCCUACAGCAGAACGGCUAUUCCUCCUAUGACAGGUUCUGUCCUUUCUACAAGACGGUGGGGAUGCUCCAAAACAUGAUUGCCUUCUACGACCUGGCCCGGCACGCGGUGGAGUCCACGGCCCAGUCCGAGAGCAAGAUCACCUGGGCGGUGAUCCGCGAGAGCCUGGGCGACAUCAUGUACAAGCUGAGCUCCAUGAAGUUCAAGGACCCGGUGAAGGACGGCGAAGCUAAGAUUAAGGCAGAUUACACCCAGCUCAACGAGGAGAUGCAGAACGCCUUCCGCAGCCUCGAGGACUAGGGGGCCCAGGACGGUGGGCCGAGCCGGCUGUGCUCCCCUGGAUGACAUGUGCCGUAACAAAACCCCCAUCCCUGGCCCACGGCCUGGAGAAAUAAACCCUGCCAAGUGUUUCCUCUCA